AAUGGAUGAGAAAUCUGUUAAGUCGCGUUCAUUAUCCCUUGCUCCAAAGUGUUCCUUAGCCCCAGGAGGAGGUGCGUCCAGUAAAACUGAGAAUAAAGUUGUUAUUAACGUUGGAGGUAUUCGUUACGAAACUUACAAGUCGACACUUAAAAAUAUUCCCGAUUCCAGACUUUCAUGGCUGACUGAAACCACUACUCAAAAUUGCGACUAUGACCCAACAACUGGAGAAUACUUUUUUGAUCGGCAUCCCGGAGUGUUCCUAAUGGUUUUGAAUUACUAUAGAACUGGAAAGCUACACGCCCCAACCGAUAUAUGUGGGCCACUUUUCGAAGAUGAGCUUAACUUCUGGGGUAUUGAUGAAAACCAGAUUGAACCUUGCUGCUGGAUGAAUUAUAGAACACAUAGAGAUGCUCAGGAUACUCUAAGGGAAUUUGAUGGUGGUGACUUUGAACCUAGCGAAGAUGAAGAAAGUGUAAGUAUUGCCCAAAGAUUUGGUCUGUCAGAGGAUAUUAUAGAGAAGCCUUUAACAAGAUGGCAACGGACAAGGGAAAAGUUAUGGGCUCUCUUGGAAGAGCCAUAUAGUUCUAGAGGUGCUCAAGUUUUUGCUUUUACUUCUCUUUUCUUUGUACUCGUCUCUAUUCUUGUAUUGGCGUGCGAAACGCAUGUAAUUUUCCGUGUUGGAAAUGAUAAUGGAUCAACAAAUCCGAAUUGGACAAUUAGAGAAAAGAAUAGUAAUUCAAGACCUCAUUUAGCCCUGAAAAUCAUCGAAUACGUCUGCGUCGGAUUUUUUAUUCUUGAACUAACUGCAAAGGUUGCAAUGACACAUUUUAGUGGCCUCAAAGUUCUUUGGCAUACGCUGAGAGCUUCGGCAAAGGAGUUGGUCUUGCUUCUCAUUUUCCUCUUUCUUUCUUGCAUUGUAUUCUCAUCAUUGGUCUAUUUUGCGGAAUCGGUAGACGAUCCCGCUAAAAAUGACUUUAAGAAUAUUCCAGUAGCUUUCUGGUGGGCUGCCGUAACACUAACAACAAUUGGCUACGGUGAUAUAUACCCUCGGACAGCUUUAGGAUACAUAGUAGGAAUGGUUUGCGCACUAACAGGGGUUUUAGUAUUGGCCUUACCUGUUCCUGUAAUUGUCAACAACUUUGCAUCAUAUUAUAGUCACGCCCAAGCGAAAUUAAAGUUACCAAAGAAGAGAAAGAAAAUCCUAGUUGGAGCGGCAGACGCUCUGAAAACGCAAACUUCCUUGCCCGAAAGUAGUAUCACUACAGAAAAUUCUAUCAUUCAGAAUAAAACCGACGCUAAUGGCAAAUUUCUACCCGAAUCCGAAUCAGAAAAGAGCGGGAACAGCGGAGUUAUUAGCGUUAUAUUUACAGAUGAAUUUUCAGUGUCACCAAAACGCAAGAUUGGUUCUCCUACUCUUAAAAAAACUGAAGAGAAGAGAAGAAGAAAGCCUAGCAUUACACCAGUUGAUAUAUAUCAAAAUGGUAAUCCGCCCAUUUCAAAUGGAAUAAAAGCAGAUAAGAAGAUAGCAAGAAGAAGAUCUCUCAUGCCAUUGAAUUAA